AUGGCCAGUUGGUUUGAAAAGGGGCGGCCAGCCCUAUUUGAGGCGCUGGACGCCGUCUGCAAACAGAUUGACCGCGAUCUGUCCACAGAACUGCAGAAGAAGAUAGAUGGCAAAGAGCCUCAAAGAGAGGUGGCCACCAGGUCGACCGUCUCCGCGGAGGUCCAGACGAAGGCAAGCGACAGCUCGGGCACGACGACUGCGACGACACCAGACAAGGACUGGAAGAGCGAGUACGCCAAGCUCAGUGCCAAGUUCAACGCGCUGUCGAGAAACUUCAAGAUAGCCCGGGACACGCUGCAGAGGCGGAAAGACCAGCGCGAUGGGUGGAUAAAGCAUGCUCAAAAGCUGGAGCAAAAGAUCCGGGCAGCCGAAGAAGAACACGGCAUAUGCAUCUUGGACGGGCCUACGCGGACGACGGGAAAGGACAACAAUGAGACGGCGGUGCUUUUCCGGGACGUCAGCUUCAACUCUGGACUUGACGUGGGCGCAGACGCAAUGCUACCACCCAUGCCUGCGAACGAGCAGGCGCCGACUCCCGUGGCAUCAGAGGAACAGGCCGUCCCGGGAUCCACACAGAGCGAGGCUGAGCCGGUGACAUCAGUGAUGCCUGGCCUGCAGCAUGUUGUUGAAGAGCAGAGAUUCGGCGGUAUCAAGGAGGAACCUUCAUCUGAUGGCCCAGUCUUCGUCUCGGAGCGGCCCGUGAAGAAGAGGAAACAUGAUGACGAUCAAGAGGGAGCACGCACACCAACAGCUGCCAUCAAGACUGAACCCCCUGACGGUUCGAGUCCCAGCGUGGGGCUGGACCGGUACGGGUUCAACCCUCACGAGAGCCCCGACCUGGGUGAGGUGUCCCACACCAUGGACACGCCUCGGAAACUCCGAGGCAGGGAGCAGGCUGAGCAGGAGGAUAGGCAGGCAGAGGACGAGCCGGACGAUUCUCCCAUCCACCAGCCAGGUUACACAUACACUCCGACACCUCUCGACGCACAUCGGCAUCAGUCACGACACACCUCCCCCCCACCGCAACAAGAGAGGGGAGCCCGCAGGCGCUACGACGUCGCCCGCGGCAUCGCAGACUUGGCCGAGGACGGACAAGCGUAUGGGCCGAAACGGCGGCAAGCGGCAGCAUCAAAACCCGCCCAGGGCGUCAGCCCAGCAGUCAAAAGCCGUCUGGGCGCUCUCCUGGACGGCGGUUCUCCCUCCGAAAACGACACCCCGAUCACGCGACGACACCCAGGCUCCUCCGCCACAAGGGAGAGAGAUCCGCUACCCAUCCCCGAACCGCGAGAGCUACCCUUUGAGAACAACACCCCUCGCCAAGGUGCGGCCAAGCGCUACAACACGCCGCAAUCCACGCCACGCGCACCGCUCGCGGACGCCACCAACACGUCGCGGAUCAACGCCGGGUCAUCAGCAGCCAAGGGCAAGACGUCAUCUCGAGUCGGCGGUGCUCUGCGCAGCAAGCCCCUCUCGAGCCUGCGCCUGGAAGACUUCAAGGUCAACCCGGCGGUCAACGAGGGCCAUGAUUUCGCCUACACGGAUGUGGUACGCGACAAGGACGAGCGAGCCUGCCUCCCAGGAUGCGUAGACAUGCACUGCUGCGGGAAAGACUUCCGGGCCCUGGCCCUGUCGCAGAUACCCAACCCGCCCCUGACGGGGGCCCAGCGCCAGGAGGAGCAGAAGCUUCUGGAGGAGUACCUGGGUGACUACGCGUACCGGCUGACCAGCAUGACGGCGUCGGAGAGGGCGGAGCUCUGGGUUGAGGCUAAGACGCGCGAACUGGCGAACAAGUACGGGAGGCACAGACAUCGAUUCUCGCGGAUGCGCUCCCCUCCUGGAUUCUGGGUUGCGGAUUUCCCAAGCACGCAGGAGAUAGAGCAUGAGAGAGAGGAGGCCGCAGGGAGGGAGAGGAUGGCGAUCCAGGAGAGGCAUAGGGAGGCCACGAGGCCGGGGGGGAGGUGGAUAUUCAGGGAUGAGUGA